AACAAACAGAUUUGAAUUAAAUUGUAUGCAUUGAUUAAAGGGUAUUAAGCAAAGGCAGAACCAUGACUGACGCGGAAAAGCAGCCGGUCUCGUUCGCCUGCCAGCGGUGCCUGCAGCCCAUAGUACUGGACGAGAAUCUGGAGAAAAUAAGCGUACAUGCUAUGGCUGAACUUUCACUACCUAUCUAUGGUGGCAAUGUGAACACUAUCGAUCCACAAGAUGCCCAUAGCUUUGACCACUUUGUGCCGCCAUUCAGGCUAACAGACUCUAUCAAUGGUACGGGUUUUACCAUGGUAUCUGAUGGACGUGACAAUAAGAAAUUGAGCUCUGCAUUCAAGCUUAAAGCAGAGCUGUUUGAUUGCUUGUCCUCGAACUCGGAGAUCGAUCAUCCGCUAUGUGAAGAGUGUGCCGAUUCAAUGUUGGAGAUCAUGGAUCGAGAGCUCCGAAUUGCUGAAGAAGAAUGGCAUGUAUACAAAACUUACCUCAACGAACUAGAACAGCAGCAAGAAGUUCCGAAUGUGGAUGCCCUUGAUAAGGAAUUACAGCAAUUGAAGGAAAGUGAACAAGAGCUACUAAAGGAGCUGGCAAACCUAAAGGCCGAGGAGAAGAUCUUGAAUGAAGCCAUUGAGCAAGAGGAAUUGGUAAAGGAAAAGUUGCAUGAACAGGAGGAAAGCUACUGGCGUGAAUACACAAAGCAUCGUCGGGAAUUGAUGCUCACGGAAGACGACAAGCGCAGCCUGGAGUGCCAGAUAGCCUACUCCAAGCAGCAACUGGAUAAACUACGGGACACGAACAUUUUUAACAUAACAUUUCAUAUCUGGCAUGCUGGUCAUUUUGGUACAAUCAACAAUUUUCGACUGGGACGCCUGCCAUCGGUCUCCGUGGAUUGGUCAGAGAUAAAUGCAGCCUGGGGGCAGACGGUGUUGUUGCUGUCAGCUCUGGCGCGUAAAAUUGGCCUGACCUUUGAACGCUAUCGCGUCGUUCCAUUUGGCAAUCAUUCGUAUGUGGAGGUACUAGGCGACAAUCGGGAGUUGCCUCUGUAUGGCAGCGGAGGCUUUAAGUUUUUUUGGGAUACCAAAUUUGAUGCUGCAAUGGUGGCGUUUCUCGACUGUUUGACACAGUUCCAGCAGGAGGUGGAGAAGCGCGACACCGACUUUCUGCUGCCAUACAAAAUGGAAAAGGGGAAAAUAAUUGAUUCUUCCACAGGCAAUUCUUACUCCAUCAAAAUCCAAUUCAACUCAGAGGAACAAUGGACAAAAGCUUUAAAGUUCAUGCUAACGAAUCUAAAGUGGGGUCUGGCUUGGGUUUCUUCCCAGUUCGUCUCGCAAUGAAAUUGUCGAUUGUCAUUAUUUUAAUUAUGUAUAAUAUUUAGUGCUUAAUAUUACAAAUAAACUCUUUAACAUUUAAU